AUGCUCAUCGUGUUCUGCCUCUCUGCCCUGGCCUCCAACAAGUGGCUGGACGAGCGCAGGACUCGCCAGGAGGGCGAGGAGUACACCGACGCGGUGGGCCGCCUCACGGAGGCCGUGAACCGGCGGGCGCCGCAGCUCCGCCACAUCGAACGACGUCAGUACGGUUUCCGGGUCCGCCCCAACUACGGGGAGGCCACCAACUACGUGACCUCGCACUUCAACCGGACGGAUUGGCACCCAGCGGAAGGCUUUGCAAGCGCUGCUGAAGUUGCGGCUUCGGGCGCAGAAGCGGUGGCUGCAGCAACGGAAGCUGCGGCGGCAGGAGGCGCCUUGGCGACGGCCGGCGAGAUAGCCUUGGGCG